AUGUGCCUUAAGCUAAUCUCACAUGCUGGUGCUCGUGAUGAUAAAGGGAAUCCCAUUAUCAAGGACUCCUAUAAUAGUCCUCUCACUGCUAGUGGCAAUACUCAUGAUGAUACAUUGCUUGCUAAGUUUGAGUGUGUAUACACUGGUUCUGGUGACCCUGGGUCUUCAAUGUUUAUCUGGUGGUCAUGUGAUUGGAAAUUUCUCCCCUAUGAGGCUUUUGCAAUUGGUGGGACAAAUAGCGUUAGAGGCUACGAGGAAGGUGCAGUAGGGUCAGGGAGGUCUUAUGCUGUGGGCUCUGGAGAAAUGGCUUUCCCUUUGCUGGAAUCAUGCAUUGCUGAAAUUAUGAGUCUGGGCGUUCGAGGAUAA